GUGUGUGUGUGUGUGUGUGUGUUUCCAUGUGCAUGUGGUCAUGCAUGUGCUCGUCGAUUAGUGGGUGGACGCGGCGUGAUCGGGCUCGCGGCUUCAUUGAUCAUUACCCACCUCCUGGCUGACACUCUGGACCCAUCAUGGACUCUGGGAAGCAGCUGACAGGUACCCUGGCUCUGGCCGUGUUCACAGCAGCUCUGGGGUCCCUGCAGUACGGCUACAGUCUGGGAGUCAUCAACGCGCCACAGAAGGUCAUCCAAAAACUUUAUGGCCGCUCCCUGGGGGUCUUGUCGGAGAGGGCCGCUGUCGCUCCACAAAACGCCACGGAAGAAGAGGAGUUCCAGGAGGUGGGAAGCCACCCGUCGGUGGUCAUGUACUGGUCCUUGUCGGUGGCGAUCUUCUCCGUGGGGGGCAUGGUAUCCUCCUUCCUGGUGGGAUUUGUGGGAGACCUGAGAGGGAGGGUGAAAGGCAUGCUGAUGGUCAACGUUCUGGCUGUAGCCGCUGGACUGCUGAUGGGGCUCUGCAAGAUGUGGAAACCCCACAUCAUGGUCAUCUCAGGCCGCGCCGUUAUGGGCUUUUACUGCGGGUUGACAUCUGGACUGGUGCCUAUGUACAUUGGAGAGAUUGCGCCCAAGGCCUACCGGGGGGCUCUGGGAACUUUGCACCAGCUGGCUAUUGUCACUGGCAUUCUGAUCAGCCAGGUAGCUGGCUUGGACUUUGUGCUUGGUAACGAUGAUAUGUGGCCCCUGUUACUUGGCCUGUCCGGAGCUCCGGCAGUAUUGCAGUCGUUUUUGCUGCCUCUGUGUCCAGAGAGCCCGAGGUACCUUUAUAUUGUCCUGGGCAAAGAGCAAGAGGCUCGGACAAGUCUGUGUCGGCUGAAGGGGCCCUGUGAUACAACUUCUGAUCUGGAGGAAAUGCGGAGGGAGAAAGAGGAGGCAGACAAGGAGGCCAGGGUCUCUAUCCUUUCUUUGGUCGUCUCCUCUGUCUACAGACAGCAGCUGUUUGUUGCCCUCAUGAUGCACCUCUCUCAGCAGUUGUCCGGCAUCAACGCAAUCUUUUAUUACUCUACGGCUAUCUUCGCUCAGGCUGGUGUCAGUCAGCCGGUCUAUGCCACCAUAGGGGUUGGGGUCAUCAACACAAUAUUCACUAUGGUGUCUGUUGCGCUGGUGGACAAGGCUGGCAGGCGCACUCUGACUCUCAUUGGCCUGGGAGGGAUGUGCUGCAGCGCGAUCGCCAUGACGGUGGGCCUCGGAUUCCAGAGUCAAUUCCCCUGGAUGAGCUACGUCAGCAUGUCAGCCAUCUUCCUCUUUGUGAGUUUCUUUGAAAUUGGCCCUGGUCCUAUUCCGUGGUUCAUCGUGGCGGAGCUGUUCAGCCAGGGACCCCGGCCUGCGGCCAUCGCUCUCGCUGGCUGCUGCAACUGGACCAGCAACUUCAUUGUAGGCAUGACCUUCCCUUACAUACAGGUUUGGCUGGGUUGUUAUGUGUUCAUCCUGUUUGCUGCGCUGCUCUUCUGUUUCACCGUGUUCACUUACCUUCGGGUGCCCGAGACCAAAGGAAAAACUUUCGAAGAGAUUGCGGAUGUCUUCCAAAAGGGACGGAAAAAGCCGGCACAGAUCCCCAAAGACGAUGCCGAACUGCAGCAGCUCAAAUCCUCCACAGAUGCCUAAACCAACGGCGGCGUGUUUGUGUACUGAAUGUGUGUGUGUGUGUGUGUGUGUUUGUUUGUGUGUGUGUCCAUCUCUCAGUAUUGGAAGUCUGUCAGAAGUGUCUUUAUUAUUACAGUAUUAUAAUGAUUACUUGCUGAAUUAAGGACUAAAGAAAGGUUGUUUACACAGGAAAAGAUAACACUUUUUCAAAAUCUUCAUAUGAGAGGUACACAAAAAAAACAACUAACAGUGCAAUGAAUGUUUCUGAAUGAAUGUUUCUGUUAAAUGGAGUGGCAUGGAUCCUGUUCUGAAAUUUUAAAUUUCUUACGACAUCGUUUUAGGCCAAAGGAGACGGAUGUUUUCAGUAGUCAAGCCACUAGUCCGAGAUCAAGUGGCAAUUAUUAUCGCACACAGCAUUCAGGGCUCUAUGUUUUUUAACAAUCUGUGCACAUGGUCUAAAGUGCGUUUGGCAUUAACAACAGAAUCAAAGUUUGGCCGAGGUUCAUGGUUUAAAAAAAGUGGUACUUAUGGUCUCUUAAUUAAUCAUGGGUUUGUUUUUUCGGCAUAACAUGCAAUAAACCAAUCAGAGUGUGAUCACACUUGCCUGACAAAUUGCGGCUAUAAUGGUGAAUUUUGCCAGGAAGUAAGAGAGUAGGAGACGUCGCGCACCCGACUCAGUAGGUUCACAUUACUAUAUUGACUUAAAACCAGGUUUUUCUUGGUCAAAUUUUUGCUCCCUCAAGAUGGUAAUGCAACAAAAAUGUGUUUGACCAACCUCAUUUGAAGAACAACACACCCAAAGACACUUGUGGUGCCUUACACCAGGUGUAAGAUAGGAAAGUGUCUGUUAUACUCUUUGGUUACCGCAUCCAAAUGCUAUUUAUUUACGGAUUUACUUCACAAUUUUCUCUGUUGAGAUAAAAACCGCCUCUUAAAAGUCAACUAGACGAUGCAUUUUGCUGAUUGUAACUUCACUUGAAUGUUUAAUUUUGUCUGCGCACAAUAGUGUAUGCGUAUGAAUUAGACACAGUGUGUUCUCAUUAAUCUGCUGAAGGAGGAACGUGUGGUCACAUUAAAUCUGAGUUUGAGUCUUG